AUGUUCAGAGUCAACAUGAAGAAGCUGAUCUGUGCAGUCAGCGGGAGGAAAAAACCUCAGAGGAGCGACAGCAAGAGACGUCUGAUGGAGAAGAACAACAACAACAGUGUGCAGGGCGGAUAUGCCGACAUCUUGGUUCAGAACGCCUUCAACACCGAGGAGGAAAGACCCCUGCGGCAGGAGAAAGACGGAUCUCUUCAGGAGCUAUUUGAGCUUCUCGGGGAGGAUUCGGACACCAACACCAACACCUCCGGGGACGGAGCUUGCUGCUCAGGUCAACACAACCUGCAACAACGUGUUGUUCACAUCAUACGAAGGCACUUGUCCCAGAGAUUCCCGAAGCCUCCUGCAGAUCUGGACCAGAACCUUUGGGUGCAUCUGCGCACUGUGAAGGAAGUUGUGUUUGACCAGUUCCCGAUGCUCAGCCCUCUGCUUGAGUCCAGGGGGAUGAUGGGUUGUGUGGUCGACUGCUACCACCGUCACACUUUUGAUCACCUGCAUGGUCUGAUCCAGAACGUCAGCUCCUCCAACAACUCCUUCGUGCUGAUGGACUGGUUCGUCCAUACAUAUCUGAGUCAUGAGGCGCUCGGCCGUCCUGACCAGCAGCUCCUCGGCCAAUGGGCAGUAAAGGCAAAGACGAAACUGCUGGAGCAUGUGCAGAAAGAGAUCAGAGGGAUCCUGAGCGGAAUCCUGCAGAAUGAAAGAGGCCAACAGCGCUGUGACAGCGUGGAAGCCUAUGUAUGGCUUUAUGUGGACACGAUUCAGUGUGUUGCUGCCAAGCCCACAACUGCAAGAACAAUCAGCUCCGAGCUGCACGACCAGGUGCAGGAGGUCUGUUUCCGAGAGCUGCUGACGUUUGUGCUGAGGUACACUGCAGAGAAGAAGGAGUUUCUGGGAAAUAAAGCAGAAAUGGACCCACCAGAAACGAUUCACUUCCUCAAGACUCUGAAAACCUGUAAAGAACUCCGGCAGUACGUCGAGGCUGAAGGCAGAGGCGUCGAAUCUUCACUUCUCGACCAAAUCGUGGCGACUCUUAAAGACAUGGAGGAUUUUACUCUGAAGCUUCUGAUGGAAAUCAUAGUCGACAUCGCAGAGAGCCACCUUAAAAAAUACUUCAGGUCAGACAGCAGGCGGUGCUACCUCUUUGCUGCUUUGGAGAAUCUUUUCCCCAAACUGUCGUACGUCUCAGAUGAACUAAAGCGAGUGGUGGAUCAGGCCUAUAAGCUCGUCGCUCACCUUUACCUGAAGCACCUCAUCCAGACUAACCGGCGCAAACUGAAGCAGCGCUGGAGCCCGAAUGUGGAGCAAACAGUCCAAGAGGACGCAAAGCAGCUUCACAGAACCAUGAGCAACCUGGCGCCUGGAGUCCAACAGUGGAACCUGAUGCUGCUGGACAUCCCCGAGGUGCUGGAGUGUAAAUGCAUGGAGGCGCUGAAGAUGACGGUGGCGCAAAUCGAGAAAAAGUGCAACAAGCAGAGCGAGGACCUGGCACUGCUGCCCGCUCUGCUGCGAUGGAAGGGUCUGUCCAAGCGGCAGGUCAGGGAGGUGAUGGAGGCUCUACCCAGCGGCCGACCCGUAGCCGGUUCCGGAUCCUGGUUCUUCUGUCUGCCCUGCUGGUGAUGCUUCUCCGCAGAGGCUCAGCUGCAUCCAAGAGGCGACAGUUAAAAUAGUUUGUGAGCUCUCGCAUCACUCCGUUACUCAUUUGUUAGCUCUGAUGUUGAGACUCAGAUGAUGAGAAGUUAUAGAUGGUAUGAGCUUUAGCACAAGUUGUAUUUGUGUACGAGAGGCUGCAUGCAGCAUGUAUGUCACUGAUCUCAGUUCUAUACUGCAAAGAACUCAUUAUUUAUACCUUAAAGGUAGAGUGAGGUCUAGUUUGUUACUGAAGCAAACCUAAACUAGGACCAGAUGUUGGUUUUAUAGGUUUUUUUUAGGUUGUUUACUGGUUUGCGCUUAAAAAUCCUCAAGUUUUUCUUUGUGGAGAUUUAAAGACGCCUAAAGAUGUUUGCACUUUAUUAUUAUUGUGCAAAAAAAAAAAAAAUACGAGUUCAUAUGUUGAGUUUGAGUGUUUAUCUUGAGCUCCAAUGACAAAA